AUGGGCAUUUUUGAAUGUCCAGUGUCUUUGGAAUGUCGACAGGCUGCAGAGGAAUGGCUCCAGUCAAAGGAUGUUCUAAUCCAAGAUUUUGGAGCUCGGCUUAUGUCUUUGCUGUGCUCUCAAGGUGUUCCGCUUGGACACAGUGAGCAUGCUCCACCAAGUGGCUUGAUCGCUGAAGAGUUCCAACACUACCCUUGGCAGGUGUCACCCUUGAAGGCAGCUGCUAAGCACAAGCUGUCCCGAGUCCAAGAUUCUGCACCAAUGCGACAGUUCUUUGCUUUGGAAGAUAUGGAAAGACUGGGGUUCCGCGUUGGAGUCUUUUGGGUUUCACCUGAGUGGCACUACGUCCCCCAUGUUCAUGAAUCCAUCGAACUACAUCAUCGAGUACAAGGCCGAGGGAAGUAUUUGACUGACAUGUCCAGUCACAUUGAGUUGGCUCCUGGAGAUGUUUACGUUCAUCUUCCUGACAAGUUGCAUGGCAUUGAGUCAGAAGCGGAACCUCUUUUGACUUUGUUUGCAGAACGCCUGGUACCAGUGGAACAGGUGCCGCAAGUCAUCUCAGACUUGGCUGAGGUUUCUGCUCACUUGGUUACCUCAUGGCUGAAGCAGGCAGCAAACCUUUGGUUGCAAGCUGAUGAGCCACUGGCUCACCUCUUUGGAAGAGAACUCUUGCCCUUGAUCAAACCACGAACGCUUGCUGAGAAGCUCCAAGUUUUCCACGAUUCUCCCCCCAAUGAUAUGAUUCCACGCCAAUUUCGAAGCUGUCCCUGGUACCCCAGUGGCGCCUACACUGCAUGCAUGGACCCCAAGCUGAAACCUCUAAAGGACUGCAUUAUGUAUCGCGAUGGAAAUGCAAUGUUUGGCUUUUUCUAUUUGCCCCCGCGGAUCUAUUAUCCAGCACAUCGCCACGAGCCUCUUGAGAUCUAUCAUGUUCUACAAGGGCAGGCUCGCUUCUUCCUCGGCGAUUCUGACUCCGUUGAUCCGCUCAACUCGACCGUGUCCAGGAUGGGGGGCCCUGAUUCAUUUUGGUUGCAUCAUCCAUACCAAGCACAUGGCAUGCAAACCCUAGAUCAGCCUGUCCUCAUUUUGUGGGGUUGGAUUGGUAACCUGGAGAACUAUGACUUCCAUUAUACGCCCAACGACGUUUUCCGAGAGGAGGCACGCGCUCCUUUGGCAAAGCUUUGA